AGCGCAUGAGGGGUGUGGAAAGAGGGCGACAGGCAGGGGCUAUAUAAAAUACCCACAGCACAAGGAGCUCUUUAUCCCUGUGUGUCCGUCUCACGGUACGAGGAGGGAAAAAAACACGAAUUACAGACGCCCCCUCUCUGCGCCCACACAUUUCCCAAACGCCAGGAUGCCAGCGUUGUCUCUCGGGAGGAAUGGAGACUGGAUGAAGUUGGGCUUCAUCUUGGUGCUGUCCAUGUGGCUCUGUCACGAUGCUGUCAACUGUCAGGAAGGCUUUCCGUUCUUAGGGGAGGAAGAGCAGGAAAAACUGGAUGACUUACUGAAGAGCAGAACCUCUGCCCCCAGAAUUAAUUAUGUUACAGACACCUGGUGGGAGGUAUACACAAGAAAGGAUGAGACUCGUGGCGACAACAUUUUCACAGACCCGCCCGAUGUCAUCGAGAUGGACUAUUCGGAUUACGAGAGUGUGACCAGCACCUACCGUCUUCACAAGGCCGAAAUCCAUUGUGUGGAGAAGGAGAAGAUUAAUAACAGGGAUGCAGUUAAAAUCACACUUAACCAUGCAUCUACCUGCGCACAAACCAAAGUCAAGAUUCUAAAUGCCUUACCAGAUAUAUGCAAAACCGACUGCAAGAUCGAAUUUUUCCAAGAAGAAAACUCCAAACAAGUAAUCAUGUCAGGCAAAACCAUUGAAGAUGAUGCACAUGCUAUGGCCAUUAUGCUCAACAAAGAAAAGGUCAAAAAUAAGAUGGACUUGAAGGAGGCGGUGCCUUAUUGGACCAAGCACUCCCCCACAGUGCUGGUUUCCCUCCUCUUGGCCGGGCUACUGCUGGCGGCGCUUCUCAUUGGUUGCUAUGUCCUGAAGAACCACCGCGGGCACAGCGCCAAGGGCAUGAAGCUGGCCGACGAGACCUUCCAGGUGGAUGAGGAGAACCAGGGAAACACUCUGGUGUCUGUGGCCCCCCUGCAGCCACAGGAGCCCCAGGCCCCAAAGCCCAGCAUCAACGGAGAGUCCCCUGAUGGUGGAAAAUGCCAGCCACCUCCUACCAAUGGACACCAGACCGCCAAGUCCCCCAUGGCCGACACAGAGCUGUGAGGACUGGCUGGAUCGUGGCCAGAUGUUUCGCCUCUCACCGCGGCCCCCCCUCCCAGAAAAUAAACACACCCUCCUCAGGACACAAGAGACUAAUAUACACAUACAUACACACACCAUCAGAGCAACCCACCUGCAGGUACAAUGUGCAGGUACUAAUCAGCAGCUGUGGGUCUCGACCUGUAGGAGGCGCUGUCGUCAGUAUUGAACCAGCAGAGGCAUUGCAUCUGGCCUUGCUAUAAACAUGAAUGGCUCUGAUUAUUAAAAGCUAACAUCUGUGAUGAUAAUGAUAGCCAACCCCAUUCCAUUAAUAACAGCAAAGAAAUUGUAAUCCCUCACACUUCUUAAAGUUGUAUAUUUGUUUCCAAAGUACGUUACAAAUUUUCAUAUUCAAGUCAUCUUCUCUAUUAGCUUCCUUUCUCGUUAUCCAUUUACAUCAUUCUAAUAGUUACAUAAGUAAAGAUGCUGGUUUUCUGUUCUUUGUUUCUAUACUUCAUUGAUCAUUAAUAAACCACCAGGAGUCAUCUGGCAAUAUCUGGCGGAUCUUAUAUUGCCAAUGAAAACAAAACUCGGGGGAAAUCUGUCCAAUUGAAAUAAAAAAUGAAUUUGUGUGCGAAAA